AUGGCCACUUUCCCCCUUCGCCCAGCCAUGUCGCCGUCACCGUCUCCCACAGCCUCCACCAGCACCCCCGACGACCAGAACCCCUCUUACAAGACGUCCUCAACGGUGAGGUCGUCGCCACCAGGCAACCCCAAUGUCAACGGCAGAGCCAGACGUCCACUAUCACCGAACUUCUUACGAGACGUUGAUCUCACGAAUUCAAACGACGGGCAGCCCCGAAAGUACCCAGCACCACCGACAGGCCAUGAUCUCAUGGCCAUGUUCCCACCUGCCCCACCCGAUAAUUUCCCUGAGCUGAGGGCGGGUCCCACGAGCGGCUAUUUCGUACGACAGGAGCGAGCCUUCUUUGCCCAAGCUGGCAAGGAAAUCGUCCGUGUCCGGGUAGAGGUGGACCUCCCACCCGGUAGCGGCAAUUCUCGACAAUGGCAGCCACCUUCAGCGCCAUCUGGGCCAGCUUCUGCUUCGCAAUCACCUCAUAUAUCCUCCUCAUCGGCACCAGUCCCCUAUCCCCAUCAUGCCAAUCGUCCCUUGCAGAGACAUUCCCUGCCUAAUAAUGUCGUUCCUCUCUUCCCCUUGUCAACAAAUCACCCCCAUUCUCACCCUGGCCUACCGUCUAAUCUCCAUGCGCACCAAAAUGGCCCCGAUUCCCGCACGCCUCCCCGCGAUGCUUCUUUCAAUGCAAAAGGUGAUUAUUCACCAGAAGAUCCAGACGAGGAAGCCUGGCGACGGCCUACUCCCCAGGCUGAGCGUCGGAGGGCAGGAAAACACACAAAAAGAGUGAUUGUUCGAACUUAG